GUUUGUGCCCGCGAUGCUUUGCGAGGAGGCGCGCGCCCGUUGCCAUGGCGCCCGCCUGACUCGCGGCCUAGUUCGCUCCGGGCCCCCUUCCUCGGCGUGGGUGAUGCCGCGGCCUGCUCUUUCUCCGGCGCGGGUCUUUGCGGAGUUGGCCCCACAUCCCGUCGUUGACAAUGAGAACCAGCCGGGCGAGGCGAAGGGAGCUUUGUUGCCGCCCGGGACCCGGGAGGUUCACGUCAGCGGCAGCGCGGAGCUCAGUGCCCGGCCGGACCGGGCCCAAGUGACGAUCCGGUUGAGCAGCCGGAAAGCGGAGGCCGCGGCGGCGAGAAGCAGCGUCUCCCGGAGGCUGGACUACAUCACCCAGGCGGCCCGGCAGCGCGGAGAGGCUUUGGAAAACAACUUGACCGUGACAAAAAACUUCAGUAGAAUAGACAAUGUUUACAAGAUGGAAGCAGAGGUGUGCAUUACAUUCAGUGAUUUUGGGAAAAUGCAAGAUGUUUGUAACUUCCUGGUUGAAAAGCUAGACAGCUCUGUUAUCAUCAGCCCACCUCACUUUUAUCACACAGCAGAGGCUGCCAAUGCUCUUCGCCGUCAAGUAUGCCUUGCAGCUGUAGGAAGUGCUCAGCAAAAAGCACAAGAAGUCUGCCAAUUGUUUGGCCAGUCCUUGGGGAAGCCUUUGCUAAUAAGGGAAGAAGAAGUAAAGGAAUGGGAAGGGCAUCCAGAAAAUCACACAGCCAGUUUCUCAGACUCACCAAGUUUGCAACAAAGACUCCAGAGUGCCACCAUCUAUGCUUCCUCAAGGAUAUUUGCUGUUUUUGAAAUAAAGGGAGACAGGAAGAGGAAAAAAGCAGCUCUUCUAAAUUUGAACUGAUUUGUAAUUGGUUUUGCUGUCCUAUGAGGGGGGGGGGAGCCUUCAAGAGGAUCAGCUUGUAUUUCCAUGAGCAGAAAUUAAAACGAGGACAACAGUUAUGUAUUAUCUUGGUCAUCGAAUAACAUUGUAUCCAACUUUAAUUUUAUGCACUGGGCAUCACAUGUGACAGAAGAGAAUCUUUCUGUUGUGAUAAAGACAUACAUAAGUCUGGCUUCAAUCUUCAGAUUGAAGCCAGACUUGAGUAUGCCUUUAUCACAAGGGGAAGAGUCUCUUGUGUCCACAAAUACUUUUUUUCUAAUGUUGAAUCCCCUUAUGUGUUCAAGAAAACUUAAGGAGAAUAAAAUUGUUAACUAACAAUAAGCUAUUUAUUAGAAAAUGUAUUCAUUUAUUCAAACUAUUUCUCACUUUUCUUGCCUGGAUGAAACUUGAAGGAAUCAAGAAUUGUUGCUUAAGUCUUAUAAGAUCUACACUCCUAAGUUUUUUUAAGCAUUAUACCAAUUACCUUCAAAUAAUACAAAACAGUUUUCACUUUUAAAAAGUAUUCCAACAGCUGAACUAUAUAUAUAAUAAAAGGCUUGAUAAAU